GCGCACAAUUUGGCCAAUUAUCAAAAAAGAUACGAGGUUUACAUCGACAAUCUGAAGAUAGAUGGCUUUGAAAUUAUAGGAUAUGCAAGAAAAAGCCCAGGUGAACUGUUGAAUGAUGGGCGAAAGGCUAAUCUUCAAAAUAUGAUUAACUGCUUGAAGGAAAGGUCACUUGCUGAAUUGAUAUAUGUCUCUCCACAAUGUUUGGCUGGUAGCCCCAUUGCCUCUAGAGAUAUGCCUAAUGCUGUUAAGGAACCUGAGACAAUGGAGUUGAACUAUUGUGCUGGGAGCACACAAACUUUAUUAUCAAAGUUAUCGGCGAAUAUUAAAAAAGUAUGUCUUGUGAUUGUUGAUUACGCCGGGCUUUCCACAAAUCCUGAUGAUAUCAGAACUUUGGUCAAGUAA